AUGGCGGACGUCGAAAAGAAGAUCGCGGACCCCGUGUCGGUGCCGGAGUCGGACGUGGCCGAGGGGUCGCUGGAAGCGGUGGUUGUGGACCAGCGGAUGCAAGAAGACAUUGGCGCACAGCUCUACCUCGAGGUCCAGCAGUACUCCAAGGAGGAGCUCGAGGCGGAGAGGAAAAAAGUUCUCAGGAAAAUCGACAGGGUCAUCCUGCCCAUUAUCUGCAUUACCUACACCCUUCAAUUCCUUGACAAGCUCUCACUGAACUACGCUUCGGCGUAUUCACUCAAGGAAGACCUCGGCCUCGGCGGCCAACGCUACUCCUGGACGGCCUCCAUCUUCAACUUCGGCUACCUCUUCUGGGCGAUCCCGUCCAACCUCCUCAUCCAAAAGCUCCCCGUCGCCAAAUUCACCGGCGGCAUGCUCCUCGUCUGGGCCGUCAUCCUCGUCUGCCACGUCGCGGCCAAAGACUUCGCGGGGAUGAUGGUCCUGCGCUUCACCCUCGGCAUGUUCGAAGCCGGCAUCUCCCCGGCCAUCAUGAACAUCACGUCCAUGUUCUACACGCGCAGCGAGCAGCCGCUGCGCAUGUGCCUCUUCCUCGCCUUCAACGGCAUGGCGACCAUGGUGGGCGCGCUGCUCGGGUACGGGCUCGGGCACGCGACCGACCACUCGCUCAAAGCGUGGCAGCUCAUCUUCCUCGUCAUCGGCGCGCUCAACUUCGCGUGGGGCGUCGUCUUCCUGUGGCUGAUGCCCGACGCGCCGUCGGCCGCGCGCUUCCUCACCCACAAGGAGCGCGUCGUCGCCGUGCACCGCAUCGCCGAGAACAUGAUGGGCGUCAAGAACACGCGCUUCCUGCCGCGCCAGGCCGCGGCCGCGCUCGCCGACGCAAAGGUCUGGUGUCUCGUCUUCAUCGGCUGCGCCUGCGGCAUCAUCAACGGCGGUGUGUCCAACUUCGCUUCCUCCCUCAUCAAGGGCUUCGGCUUCUCCGGCAUCAGCGCCACCCUCCUGCAGCUCCCGACGGGGGCCAUCGAGUUCGUCGUAGUGCCGCUGUGCGGCGUCGCCGCGGGCAGGUGGCGCGAUGUCCGGUGCUGGUUGUUGAUGGCGAUAUGCCUGCCGCCGCUGGGAGGGCUGAUUGGGAUACGGCUUACCAGUCUGGACGAGAGGUGGAGCCUGGUCGGGUGCACGUGGCUGCAGUAUAUUGUGGGGGCGCCGGUGAUCCUGGCGUGGAAUCUGAUGACGAGUAAUAUCGCGGGGCAUUCGAAGCGCACCAUGACGAACGGGUUGUGGUUCGUGUGGUAUGCGGCGGGGAAUAUCGUGGGGGCCCAGCUGUUUUUUGCGCGCGAGGCGCCGCGGUAUGAGUCGGCCAUCAUUGCACUGUGCGUGUGCUAUGCGGCGAUUAUAGUGCUGGCAUUCGUGCUAAGGCAGGUCAUGUGGUGGGAGAAUAAGAGGAGGGACAAGGCAAUGGGGGUGGGGGAGCGGACGGUGAACGGGGCGGAUGAGGCGGCGAUGAAGGAAGGGUUUAGGGAUCAGACGGAUGUGGAGAAUAAGCAUUUCAGGUAUUGCUUGUGA